AUGACGAGUGCGGACGUCCAAACACUAGAUCCUCAACAGCGCCAACUGCUCGAAUGCUGCUAUGAAGCUCUCGAGUGUGGAGGUAUCCCCCUCAACCAGGUUGCAAAUACCAUGACUGGCGUCUAUAUUGGUAAUUUUGCCAGUGACUACGAGUCGCUGGCGUUCAAAGAGCCCGAGAAAAUCCAGGGCAUGCAAGUUCUGGAUCAGCGUCAACAUGAACACGGCUUGUUCCUCCACAAUGUAUGCCGUCCACUUCGCCGUGCAGCCCUUCGAAACGGCGAGAUCCCAGCCGCGUUUGUCGGCGGCGUCAACCUUAUCUUAACGCUGGAAUACCACUUUGCUAUUGGACAAAUUGGCGCCUUGUUUCCAACCGCCAUGUGUCACGCCUUUGACGCGUCUGCCGACGGCUACGCGCGCGGAAAGUCCAUCAAUGUUUUGUACUUGAAGCGGGUCUCUAAUGCAUUGAGAGACGGCGAUCCUAUUCGGAGAAUAAUCAGAGGCGUCUCUUUAACUGCGAUUGGCAAAAACAAUGGUAUCACCCUGCCUGGCGCAAUGGCGCAGGAGUUGUAUAUCCGAAAGGCAUAUGAGCACUCGGGGCUUAUUGAUUAUAACGCCGUUGGACAGUCGAGACUGGCAUGUCCCAUCCUUAUCGGAUCAACAAAGCCUCAGGUAGGCCAUGGUGAGGCCGGCUCUGCCCUGACAAGCAUUAUCAAAGUCGUUUUUGCGAUGGAAAAAGGACUCAUUCCUGGAACAAUCGGUAUCAACAGGCUGAACCCAAGCCUGGAUCUGCGACGGGGAUGUCUGGCUGUUGUCACCAAGAACAAUCCCUGGCCUGCAAACAAAGCAAAGCGUGCAUCUGUCAAUUCUACGGGGUACGGGGGCGCCAAUGGGCAUGUAGAACUUGAAACUAUCGAGGAGUAUCCGAAAGGCUCAAAUACGCAGUUUUUACUCCCGAACUUCGCCCAUGAUGAGUACUCACUUACGAGAAGCCUGGAAAACAUAUCGGACGUAUUGCACUGUGGAAAAAAUGAAAUUCAAGGGUUGCUAUAUACCUUAGCUGAGCGCAGGACUAGAUUUCCUUACCGAGGCAUCAUACCCAUAACCAUUUCCGAUCCUCAAUUAAAGCCUGCCCCAGCAUGGAAACUCCAAGAUAUACUGCUUGAACCAGAAGAAACAAGCGGAAUUGGAGACGUUGCAUUUUCUCAACCAGCAUGUACUGCGAUUCAGAUCGCUUUAGUGGAUUUGCUCGGAAAAAAUCCAUCAGCUGCCUUGGCCCACGGAAUCAAUACGGUCCUGAUGAACGAAAAUCCAACGAAGAAUCUUAGGUUUGCUACCCUGGACCUUGACCAUGCCGCUGUUUCUGAGACUACGACGGCUAUUAAGCAGACCGCAGACAUAUUUUUAUUGGUUGCAAAAGCGCAAUCAAGAGAAGAGUGUGAAACGGAUUUCAUUCUCAAAGACGGCGUCACACACAUAAGUCGUGUUGUUCCCGAUGCUCAGCUGAACGAAGAAUUCAGGCUGGACAAUGGAGAUGUUCGCGUAGACCAAGAUUUCCCAACCUCCGGGAAUGUGCAGCUAGCCCUUGAAACACCAGGUCUUCUCGACACGGUAUACUUCCGUGAGCAACUUACUUGUGACAUUGAUCUCGACUCAGAUGAGCUGGAAUUUAAUGUUAAAGCCGUUGGCCUCAAUAUGAAGGACUAUGUUAUUGCUAUGGGAAAUUUCGAAAGCGUUAAGUCUAGUAUCGAAUCGACUGGGGUUGUAUCUCGCAUUGGUGCUAACGUCAAGAAUAUCAAACCAGGAGACAAGGUUAUCUGUUUUGAGCGAGGCAAUUAUGACACUUUCUUGAGAAGCCCCGUCGCCAAGUGUCUAAAGCCAAAUGACGAUGAUGAUUUGAUUGAAAUGGCUACAAUUGGCAUUGCACUUGGUACUGCAUUAUAUUCCCUGAGAUACCUAGCUCAACUUGAAGCUGGGGAAACAGUUCUUAUUCAAGCUGCUACAGGCGGUCUGGGUUUGGCAGCAAUACAAUACUCGAAGCUCGUCGGAGCAGAAAUAUAUGCAACUGUUGGUACUCAAGCCAAAAAGGAAUAUUUGAUUAACGAAUUGGGCUUCCCAGAAAAUCGAAUCUUUUGGUCUCGCUCUCUUGACUUCAAGCAGAAGCUGUUGAAAGAGACAAAGGGGCGAGGAGCUGAUGUAGUGCUUUCUGCAGUCUCAGGUCCAGGCUUCUAUUAGGGCUUUGGCUGCCUCGCGCCAUGUGGAAGACUAAUUGACGUGGGUAGAGGAAAUGUUUUGGACAAGGGAAACCUGGGAUUGUAUGUUUUUGAUAGAAGCGUUAGUGUGUUUUCGUUCGAUCUCAACUUCGUGCUCGAGAAAAAACCUCAGCUUGCUUCACGGCUUCUAGCAGAUAUGACGGAACUUCUAAGAGAAAGGAAGAUCAAGCCAGUCAAA